UGCUCCGUUGGAAACCUAAUUUCUUUAAUCUCGCUUUAGAACCUCCGGUUGUGCAUCUGCCGGGAUCUCCCUGCUUCCAAUCUCGUUCUUUCUCGCGCCCAAUAGGAUUGUGAAGAGGAGACAAUGGUGAGGAUCAGUGUCCUGAAUGAUGCUCUUAAGAGCAUGUAUAACGCCGAGAAGCGAGGGAAGCGUCAGGUCAUGAUCAGGCCAUCUUCCAAAGUGAUUAUCAAGUUCCUUAUUGUGAUGCAGAAACAUGGUUACAUUGGAGAGUUUGAAUAUGUCGAUGACCACAGAGCUGGGAAGAUUGUGGUUGAAUUGAACGGAAGGCUUAACAAAUGCGGCGUUAUCAGCCCCCGUUUCGAUGUAGGAGUGAAAGAAAUCGAAGGAUGGACUGCCAGAUUGCUUCCAUCAAGACAGUUCGGAUACAUUGUGUUGACAACCUCGGCAGGCAUCAUGGAUCACGAAGAGGCCAGGAGGAAAAACGUAGGUGGUAAAGUGCUUGGUUUCUUCUACUAGGCUCUGGUCGGGUUCUGUCUUUUGCGAGAUCUUUGUUUGCCAUAGAUACAUUUUGAUGGGUUUGUCUCAACUUGGUUAAAUAUUUGCUUUGCUUCUUCUAUUUGGGCGGAAGAGAAGAGACAUGUUGCCUAAGCGUAUGCGAUAUCGUUCUGUAUGCUCUAAGCAAGUGUUAGGGCAGAAAGUUGUCGGAAUUGAGGGGUUUUGAGUUGAUUCUUGCCAUGGAUUUUAUCCAUUAUC